GCAGUUUGGCGCCGACUUGACCCGCCGCCACCAUGGACGACGAAGAGUAUGACGAAUGGGAACUCAUGUACGGGAAUGACAUGGAAGCUGAGAAUGAGAUGAAUGCGAUGGAAAGAGCAUUGUCUACGCCUGCUGCUCCUGCACCCAAACCCGCAACAGCCCUCGUGACCCCAUCGACGACUUUUGUACAAAACCGUGAUGCGGUUCAAAUUGUUGCAAUGGAGUCUUCAGAGAUGGAAGUUAACAACGACAUGCCAAUAACAUCAAGUAUGGACAAUCGUUUCGUCCUCCAACGACCAUCGCUCGACACGCCGAGCAUUGCGUGCGUGUUAGCGUCCGGGGAACGCGUUUUCAUCAAGAAGAAGGUGCACGAAUUUGGUUUCGAAAAAACAGCGUCGCAAAGUAAAAGCCCGCCGCAAUGGAAGCUCAAAUCAUCAAUCAAGACUCUCCUUGAGUACAUUAACAAGCGCGCCAUCGACGCCGCCGUGGAGGAAGAUCGAUGUCGCGAAAAGGAACAAACCAAGUCAACUUCUGUGGAAUCUAUCAAGGAGUCGGAUCUUUGGCUGAACAAGUACAGUCCUCGGCACUUCAUCGACCUGUUGAGCGACGAACGCACGAAUCGCGAAGUUCUGACGUGGCUCAAGUCAUGGGAUCCCGUCGUGUUUCCGUCCAAAGCGACGGAGAAGCUGUCGUCAAAGAUUCUGUCGGAGUCAAAGAAUGCACAAGAUAUUCGACCAGAGCACAAAAUUAUCUUAAUCUGUGGUCCACCGGGGGCCGGGAAGACUACCUUGGCCAGCAUAGCAGCCCGCCAUGCUGGGUACAAUCCCAUUGAAGUCAAUGCAAGCGAUGAUCGAACGGCGGGAGUUCUUCGGGACAAGAUCAUCAACGCCAUGGAAAUGCAAGCCAUAUUCGGCAACAACCGGCCGAAUUGCAUCAUUUUGGAUGAAAUCGACGGGGCAAUGGCCGGUCAAGAGGGCAAGGGCGCCAUUGCGGCGUUGCAGGCGCUGAUUGCGGCCCCAUACACACCACCGUCCAUCAAGAAGGUGGCAACAAAGCAAAGGUCAGCCGGCGGACAUCCCGUCAUCCGCCCCAUCAUAUGCAUUUGCAACGAUCAGUUCGCGCCAGUAUUGCGGCCGCUGCGCAAACUCGCCAAGAUCUUCGUCAUGCACACGCCGGACUCGCGUCAGCUCGUGCAGCGGAUGAAGUAUAUUUGCCACCAGGAAAGGGUCCAAGCGUCCAACUCGCUCUUGUCGACCCUGUGUGAGCGCGCCGACAACGACGUGCGAUUUUGUCUGAAUGCGCUGCAGUUUGCAAGCGCGCAGACGUCGGUGCUAACACUGUCGAUGAUCGACUCCAUGAUGGGUCGAAAAGACCUGUCCAAGGGGGCGUACGACGUGUGGGAGACAGUGUUCUUCGAAACCAAGGACCAACAAAAGGACAAAUCAACAGCGUUUGCUCGUGUUUUUGACGCGGCCGAUCGGUUCGGCAGUCAGGAACUCAUCCUGAAUGGACUGCAUGACAAUCUCUUGCCCCUCGUCUUCAACGAUCCAACAUUGACCAAAGUGAACCACGCCCUCGAGUGGAUGGAAUUCGCAGACCUGUGUGACACGCGCGUCAAGUCACACCAGCAAUUUGCGCUUACGCCAUACUGUUCGAUCGCUGCAGUCGCCGUAUAUCGUGCGUGCUGCACGGGCUCUCGCCGCCGCAUUGAGUACCCAAAGUCCAAUUCCGACUAUCGCAAACAAGUGGAGAUAUCACACAGCAUCUUGGACGCUUUCAUUGGCAGUGGGUCAGCUCUGCGCGUGGGUAGUCGAGUGCUGGCCGUGGAUGUCGUGCCAAGUGUGGUCGCGAUGCUGAAUCCCCCAAUCAACUCAUCAAAACAGGACAAACAGUCCAUGGAUCGCCUCGUGGCGCUUAUGUCGUCACUGCAAUUGUCAUACAAGCAGAUACAAUUGCCGGGCGGAGUUGUCGACUACAUAUUGGAGCCGUACGUGAAGAACCUUGCAAUUUACUCUGCCUUGCAUGGAUCACUUCUUGAUGAACGAUGGUGGACGGUUUGUAGAUCGUUGGACAGGCUGGUUCACUACAAAGGGCUGGAGAAUCGCCUUCGAUUACCCCUCGGAAUUCGCCAAACGAUGGCAAGGGAAGUGGAGCUCGAAAAUAUGCGUCGUGCGGACAAGGGAACCCGUCCAGUACUCGAUGACUCGACUGCCACAUACAUCCCUGGCGUGGAAAUCGCACAAGAUAUCGACGUGUCGGCUCCUGAUGCAUCCAACCCGUUUGGUCUGAAGAAACGGAAGCGUGAGGACCAAUCGACUGCCAACGCCAAACGGUAAACGUUCUGAUAUCUGGGAUGUGCUGCAUGGCGCUUGCUUGGUAGGUGGCCCGUGCGGUUCAAGUUCAACGAAGGAUUCACCAGCGGCAUCAAACGGCCUGUGCUCGUCCAAGAUUUAUUGUAACUUUAAGGUUGCCGGUACCAAAAUAAAGAAUUGCUUCGCAAGUGAGAUUCCACCGUUGUCGGCGCGACAUGAUGAGAACGGAUGGGCCAUAAUGAAACCAAGGCAUCGCGCUGUUGCGUGUAACUGCC